CCCGUGUUUAUUUGUUGAUGUUGACUGGAUUGUUGUGCUUUUUAUGUCAAUUCUGUUUUAAAACUGUGAUAGUUGUUUAAAUAAAAUAGUCUCAAAUAUGGGAGUCACUGUGUUGCAACAAUUUCCAAUGACAGAGAAUAGAACAGGGCCACAGACAAUUGAAUUUUUGACAAAACGCAUUGUUGCUUUAGGAGCUGUUCAAUCUGGUCAUUUUUUGGUUGAUUGCGAAACAUUUAUGUCUGUUCCUCAAUUGGGUAAUCAAAGAACUGUACAUGUUCUGCAUAAUUCAGAACAACCGGCAUCUGUGUUCGCUAUUCUCGAAUCUGGAAGUAAAAUGGUCCCUCUGAUAGCAGAUGGUCUCUUUGAUUUGCUUAUGUUAAAAUUAACUGGUAUCUACACCAGUAAAAAACAAACAAAAAUUGAAUCUAAAGGACCGAGAUUUGAAGUUGGUGAUUUUUGUGUAAAAUUGGGAAGUGUCACAAUGAGUCAAAACUUCAAGGGAGUUUUAGUCGAGGUGGAAUAUAGGCCAUGUCUUGUUCCGGUAAAUGCUUGGGAAUUGAUGCGAGAAUUUCUUCAAGGCUUUCUUGGUUCCACUGUGUCAAAUCAGGCACCUCAAUACUUACAGAAUCGAAUGAGCGAAAUUUAUCAACCAAUGGAUACUAUUCAUCAGUAUUUGGAGCAUUUCGGUCAAUACAGAAAAGCAACUGGAGUUAUUUAAAAAAAAAUAUAUAUAUAUAACAGCAAACAAAAAAUACACGACUAGUAUUAUUUAACGAUAAUCAAUUAUAUAUUAUCGACAAUAUUAUUUUUAACAAAAUACCUAUAUAACAAUAAAAAACAAAAAAGGUAGAGAAAAUUUCAAUUUUAGAAAAACAAUUGAAUUUUUGAAUUUAAAAAUAUUUCGGUAAAAAAUUGUUUAAUUACCGACUGAAGAAAAAUUAACAGCCUACAAUGUUAUCGACAUUGAUUUUGAGCUUUGAACAAGUGAAUAGAGAGGGAGCAAGUAAUUUGGAAUUGUACUUUUCAAAUUUUAGUAUGUAUUUCACAUUUUAAUACAUUUCUAUUUUUUUUUUUUUUAUAAUUGAAAAAUAAAAAUGAAGUAUUUCAUUAUUUUAAUUAAUUUUUUUUCACGAUUAGCUGUCAUAGAAAAUGUGCGCUAAUAUUUUCUUCUCCAAAAUAAAUAUUGAUUCGCACAUA